UUUGGUGGUAUGAACAUGAUCUUCGCCGGUGAUUUUGCACAACUUCCACCAAUUGGAGGCGAAUCAGUUUCAUUGUACACGCGCCAUGCUGGUAUGGAUCCUAAGUCAUUGAAUGGUCAACGUGUGGCAAUUGGGAAGGCAUUGUGGCAUCAAGUCACUACCGUAGUCAUCUUGAGAAAGAAUAUGCGCAAUCAGGGCCAUUCCAAAGAAGAUACCCAAUUUCGCAAAGCUCUAGAGAAUAUGCGAUACAAGGCUUGCACCAAAGAGGAUAUCAGAUGCCUAGAUCAUCUUGUCUCUGCUAAUAAACCAGGUCGACACUAUAUUGGUUCUGUACCAUGGCGGAAUGCUCCUAUUAUUGUGGGCGAAAACAAACAGAAAGAUGAGAUCAAUCGCCUAGGUGCGAUGAGAUUUGCAUCUGAUACAAAUCAGAAACUGAUAUUAUUUCACAGUGAAGACUCUAUAGUCACAGCUGCAAAGAAAAAAAGUGAUCAUAAGUCAUCGAACACAAUCAAGAAAACUAAAGUAAACACCAUGAGCCAUGACCUGCAGAAAAUACUUUGGGAUCUUCCGCCAUCCACACAUGAAUAUCAUGCACCUGCAGUACUACCAUUGUGUUAUGGGAUGCCAGUAAUUAUCCGUUACAAUAUGGCAACAGAGUUAAACAUCACUAAGGGCCAGCGAGGUACUGUCUACUCAUGGCAAUGUAAAAAGGGUAAGCAUGGUCAAACGGUACUGGAUGUUUUGUUUGUUGAACUCGACAACCCACCUUCGCCUAUACAAAUCCAGCAUCUACCACCAAAUGUUGUGCCUAUCAUUAGAAGGGAAAACAAAGGAUACGUCUAUCUUCCAGAUGAUACAAAGAUUAAUAUCGCAAGGAAUCAAGUUGACGUACUGCUUGGCUUUGCUAUGACUGCACACGCCUCACAAGGUCAAAGC